AUGGGGAAGGAUGAUGCGGAAACAGUAGCUUUAAAGAAGGAACUGGAGGAUCUAAUCAACAAAUGCAAGGAAGAUCAAAAGAAACAACAAGACACGACCUUGGAGGAAGCAUGUAGUAGUGUAGCAGAUGCUCCAAAAGUUAAAUUAUCAACAAAAAAAUUAUUGAAAGGACAUAUCAAUAAGGUGAAUUCGGUGCAUUACAGCGGUGACAGUAGACAUUGCGUGACAGGCUCGUUAGAUGGAAAAUUAAUUAUCUGGGAUUCCUGGACUGGAAACAAGGUUCAGGUGAUUCCAUUACGUUCAGCAUGGGUAAUGUCAGUAGCAUUUGCACCAUCCGGAAAUUUCGUUGCUUGCGGUGGUAUGGAUAAUAUGUGUACUGUCUACGAUGUGAAUAAUCGUGAUGCCACAGGUUCAGCGAAAAUUGUUAGAGAAUUACUAGGCUAUGAAGGUUUCCUUUCAUCCUGUAGAUUUUUGGAAGACAAGAGGAUUAUUACAGGAUCUGGUGAUAUGAAAAUCUGUAUAUGGGAUUUGGAAGCAAAUAAGAAAACGACGGAUUUUUGCGCCCACGCUGGAGACGUGGUUAGUAUUAGCCUAUCUCCAGAUGGAAACACAUAUGUGACAGGAUCAGUGGAUAGGACAUGUAAGUUGUGGGAUCUAAGAGAGGAGACUGCGAAGCAAACUUUUUUUGGACAUGAGGCUGAUGUGAAUUCGGUUUGCUAUCAUCCUUCAGGACACGCUUUUGUAACAGCCUCAGAGGACAAGACAGCAAGAUUGUGGGACUUAAGAUCGGAUCAGCAAUUGGCUACAUUUAAACCACCAAGUUCGAAUCCUGGUUACACAUCAUGUGGUUUAUCCUCUAGCGGUAGAUUCAUAUUUUGCGGAAGUGAUGACAAUUCUAUUCAUAUAUGGGAUACUUUGAAGAAUCAAUAUAACGGUGUUUUAUCAGGUCACGAGAAUCGAGUAACAUCACUAAGCGUUGCUGGAAAUGGCAUGGCUGUUGCUAGCUGCUCUUGGGACCAGAACGUUCGAAUUUGGGUUUAAAGCUUUGAAAAA